UUUUCUUUUUCUUUCUUUGCUUAUCCUCUUCCUUCUUCUUUCACAGAAGAGAAGAGAAAAACAGAGUAGCACUAAGAGACGACGUCGUUUUGUGCACUUUCAACUCUCAAUUUUCGCUCAACAGUAUCAAACUACCAUCAGCACAUUACCAAUGGCUAUGAGCGGUUUGAUUUCCAACCGCAACUUCGGUUCCUUCGUUGCCUCAGGGAAUUCGUAUAGAUCGCAAAAGGAUUCGUCGCUUCAAAGAGGGGGAAUUUCUGUUUCUGGUGUAUCAGUAACGAGGUAUGGUAAUUGGAUUGGGAAGGAGAGAGUUUCAAGAUGCCAGCACACAAUGCAUUGUCGUAUUGGUUCCACUUUGGAAGAGAGCGUUUCUAAACAAAUACAAAUGUUUGAUGAAAGAAGGGAGGUUUUUUCUCCAUUAUCCCGACGAUCUAACUGCUGUUCGAACUUCAAAUUAAAAGCUUGCAAAAAAAGUUGUUCUUACCUUUCUUCAGCUCCGUUUAGCAGUAGCAAUGUUGGACGCAGGAAGGUAAAUACGCUGCGUGCUUGUUACAAGUCUGAGGAUAGUGACAUUGGAGAACCGAAGAUUGAUAGGCUGCAAUCAACUGAAGGGAGUGGUGAAGCCAUUCUUUUGGAUGGGAAUCUGAGUCAAGUAUCUCCUUGGUGGCAGCAGUUUCCUAAGCGAUGGGUUAUUGUACUGCUAUGUUUUACAGCAUUUCUUCUGUGUAACAUGGAUCGCGUAAAUAUGAGUAUAGCAAUACUUCCAAUGUCUCAAGAGUUCAACUGGAACAGUGCAACAGUUGGCCUCAUUCAAUCCUCUUUUUUCUGGGGUUAUCUACUUACUCAGAUUGUUGGUGGCAUUUGGGCAGACAAAGUUGGUGGAAAGCUAGUACUUGGUUUUGGAGUUGUAUGGUGGUCAAUUGCAACAGUUUUAACACCUAUUGCUGCAAAACUUGGGCUUCCAUAUCUGCUUGUUAUGCGUGCUUUUAUGGGAAUUGGCGAGGGUGUUGCUAUGCCUGCAAUGAAUAAUAUACUUUCCAAGUGGGUUCCAGUAUCAGAGAGAAGCAGAUCACUUGCACUAGUGUAUAGUGGCAUGUACCUUGGUUCUGUCACAGGAUUGGCAUUCUCACCUUUUCUGAUCCACAAAUUUGGGUGGCCAUCUGUGUUUUACUCAUUUGGAUCACUUGGAAGUAUCUGGUUUGCCUUGUGGUUGAGAAAAGCAUACAGCACCCCAAAAGACGAUCCAGAUCUUGGGGUGGAAGAGAAAAGGCUCAUACUUGGGGGCAGCGAAUCAAAAGAACCUGUGACAGUUAUUCCUUGGAAAUUGAUUUUAUCAAAAGCGCCUGUCUGGGCUUUAAUAAUCUCUCACUUCUGCCACAAUUGGGGGACAUUUAUUCUAUUAACCUGGAUGCCUACAUACUACAAUCAGGUUCUUAAGUUCAACCUCACGGAAUCUGGGCUCUUAUGUGUCCUUCCAUGGUUAACCAUGGCCAUUUUUGCAAAUAUAGGAGGUUGGAUUGCUGACACACUUGUGAGCAAAGGCCUUUCCAUAACAACUGUUCGAAAGAUCAUGCAAUCGAUCGGGUUUUUGGGUCCUGCAUUUUUUCUUACUCAGCUAAGUAAUGUUAAAACACCAGCCAUGGCAGUACUGUGCAUGUCUUGCAGUCAGGGAUGUGAUGCAUUCUCACAAUCUGGUCUUUAUUCCAAUCACCAAGACAUUGGACCGCGCUAUGCUGGAGUGUUACUGGGACUAUCAAAUACUGCAGGAGUGCUUGCUGGUGUCUUUGGUACAGCUGCGACUGGAUACAUACUCCAACGAGGUUCAUGGAAUGAUGUAUUUAAAGUCUCAGUUAUAUUGUACUUAAUUGGCACUUUGGUCUGGAAUAUCUUUUCAACUGGUGAGAAAAUUCUAGACUGAAGAGUGUUACGAUGGUAUCAAAGAAGGUGUAUGCUAUAUACGCCAUAGAGAUUACAAAGAGGGAAACAAAAGGAUGGAAGAAAUAUUAUAUGACCAAAUAUGUCUAGCAUUUGGCAACAUAAAAGCACCCUGCCGCGAAAUAGAGGAGACACACUGUCAAUUUUUUUGAUCGAAUAGCUAGUUAGGUCUUUAUAUUUUUACCCGAAAGCAAACUUGGAUUAACAUGCCUCAUCCCAUAAUUUAAAUGCUUUCUGUUUAGAUAGUUUCUGGCUGGUUUCUGCCCUUGUAACUUCAUUCAAGCAUAUUUAUAUUUUAUAUUUAUGCUUAGAAUAAUACAUAUUAUUUAACUUGCU